AUGGACCUAAAACAGCUCUUCAUCGAAGACUUGCUGUACUGCAUAUUCCAUAAAGUGAUAUGGAAACUUUUGGGCACAGUAUUAAUGAUAAUCUAUAAGCCUUCAUCACAAGUUAUAACAGCAACUUCAGCAGUUACCUUUUCUACAUACCAGUAUUUUGCCAGAUACUUUCAAGAUUUAAGCCCGCCUGCCAGCCCCGAGAGCCAGGCGGCUGCCCUGCGGGGGGAGACCCUGGCCCAGAAGCUGGAGGGGAAGCCCCUGGCCGAUAAGCUGCGGCCGGACGCCUUGGGGGACUACGUGGGGCAGGAUCAGGUGCUGGGAGAACAGACCCUCCUGCGGUCCCUGCUGGAGGCUCACGAAAUCCCCUCGCUCAUCCUCUGGGGGCCCCCUGGCUGCGGCAAGACUACCCUAGCACAUAUCAUAGCCAGCAACAGCAAGAAGAAUGGUACAAGGUUUGUGACUUUAUCUGCAACAAGUGCCAAGACAAAUGAUGUCCGAGAUGUUAUCAAACAAGCUGAGAAUGAAAAAAGACUCUUCAAGAGGAAGACCAUCCUCUUUAUUGAUGAGAUUCACCGUUUCAAUAAAUCUCAGCAGGACACUUUUCUUCCUCACGUUGAGUGUGGGACUGUGACACUGAUUGGGGCAACCACCGAAAACCCUUCCUUUCAGGUCAAUUCUGCUCUUCUGAGCCGAUGUCGAGUUAUUGUUCUUGAGAAGCUCUCUGUUGAGGCAAUGGAAGUGAUUCUGAAGCGGGCUAUCAAGUCCUUAGGGAUCCGGAUGUUGGGCCAAGAUAAGCAACACACUGGUUCUGCAAAUGGCAGCAACAGCAAGAGCUCUGAACCCCCUGUGUACAUUGAAGAAAAAGCUGUAAGCACUCUAGCUUUCCUGUGUGAUGGUGAUGCAAGAACUGCACUAAAUGGACUCCAGUUGGCUGUUCAGGCCAGAUUAACUGCAGGGCAAACCUCUCAUCAGGCUAGCACACAAGGUUGCUCUGUGGAUGGAGUUUUUAUAACAGAAGACCACGUGAAGGAAGGACUGCAGCGAUCCCAUAUACUGUAUGACCGAGCAGGUGAAGAGCAUUACAACUGCAUCUCUGCACUUCAUAAAUCUAUGCGAGGCUCAGAUGAAAAUGCAUCUCUUUACUGGCUUGCCCGUAUGCUUGAAGGUGGUGAGGAUCCAUUGUAUGUGGCGAGAAGGCUAGUGAGGUUUGCAAGUGAAGAUAUAGGAAUGGCAGAUCCUUUGGCAUUAACACAAGCAGUUGCUGCGUACCAAGGCUGUCAUUUUAUUGGAAUGCCAGAAUGUGAGGUCAUACUAGCCCAAUGUGUAGUCUACUUUGCUAGAGCACCCAAGUCUAUCGAGGUGUACAGUGCAUACAGCAAUGUCAAAGCAUGUUUGAGAAACCACCAGGGACCACUUCCACCUGUUCCACUGCAUUUGAGAAAUGCCCCAACAAGGCUCAUGAAGGACUUGGGCUAUGGUAAGGGCUAUAAAUAUAACCCCAUGUACAAAGAACCUGUGGAGCAAGAAUAUCUGCCAAAAGAGCUGAAAGGAAUGGACUUUUUUAAGGGAAAUAAAAUGUAAGUGUCUUACUGUGCCCUUUUUUAUAUAUAUGAAGUAUUUUUUUUGCAGCUGGGUUGAAAAUCUCUUCACACUUCACGCAUAUACCUCCUGGGCUGACAUGAUGAAACUAUUGGGUCCAUGAUUACUCUGUUACCCUUCUUUUUUUAUAAACUUUUUGGAGGAUGUUUUAAAAACAAUCUGUAAUUGCACAAAUUAGGAAACUAAAGGUGGCUUUUAUUAAGUUGUUAACAUGCAACAUGGCUUUUGCCCUUUAAGGACAAUAAACGUAACACUGAAGAAAACCAACUACAACUGUGUCAGAACAACAUAAUGAAGGAGUACUAUAUAGUUUUAAAAACCCUGCCAGCUUCCUUGUCUUAUUAUUUUGAGGAUAUUUGAAAUUAUACAGAAUAAAAUAUGAAAUUCUAUGGUGAAACAAAAUGUAAUUACAAUGUAAUACUCAUUAUACUGUGUUUUAAACUGUUUUUGAUAUGACAAAAUGUCAUAAAUCAAUA